GGAGGGUGGAGGGGGUUUGAAGGGGGAAAGGUGGGGGGUUUGUUGGGGCUGUUGUGGUCGGGAUUGUUUUGGGGCGUGUUUAUCGGUAUGUGCUGACCCGUCUCAUUUUUGCUGAUCCAACUAAUGAACUACGAUCCAGCCAUCGCCUGCUUGAUCUUCUACCGCCUCUUCUUUCGCGACCGAGGAGUCGCUUUACCCCGCGGCGGCCGUGGCUUCGGAGGUUUCGGAGGUGGAGGUGGCGGCGGCGGAGGCUGGGGAGGCGGCAACGACCCUCCACCACCCUACACACCGCGCGCCCCUCCGCGCUCCAAACCAGACAGCGCACCCAGAUCUGCGCCGAGCAGUAGCAGCAGCGGACGCAGCUCAUGGUACGGACCUGCAGCAGCAGCGGCUGCUGGAUAUGCUGCUGGGCAGUAUAUGGGUCGUAGGGGAGAGCGGCAACGGGAGGCACCGAGGAGUACUCCUGGCUCUAGCAGAUCGCCUUUUGGAGGCCUCUUUGGUGGCGGCAGUGGGAGUGGAGGAUCUCCGUCUGCUGGUGCUGGGGCGGGAGGCUCGGCGUUUGCUUCAGGCCCUUCGCCGAGCAGUUCGCGGUAUGAGAGUACCGGAUUCGGAGGGACGAGGAGACGAUGAGAAUCGGGUAUCGUUCAAUCGUGAUAUACAUGAAACGACAUC